CCACGCAGGCGCCGGGAAGGUUCUGGGCGCGCGCGGUGGAUUGUGGGGGAGGGACCGUUAGCAUCAAGGCCGCCGCCAAGAUGAUGCCCACACCUGUUAUCCUGCUGAAGGAAGGCACAGAUACCUCCCAAGGUAUCCCACAGCUUAUGAGUAACAUCAGUGCCUGCCAAGUUAUCGCAGAAGCUGUCCGCACCACGCUCGGCCCCCGGGGCAUGGACAAACUCAUUGUUGAUGACAGAGGCAAAGCCACGAUUUCUAACGACGGCGCCACCAUCCUAAAGCUUCUUGACGUGGUCCACCCUGCUGCUAAGACACUCGUAGACAUCGCCAAAUCCCAGGAUGCAGAGGUCGGAGAUGGCACCACUUCCGUUACUCUCCUCGCGGCAGAAUUCCUAAAGCAAAUCAAGCCCUACGUGGAAGAAGGCCUGCACCCUCAGAUCAUCAUCCGUGCCUUCCGCACCGCAACCCAGCUGGCUGUAAAUAAGAUUAAGAAGAUUGCAGUUACAAUUAAGAAGACGGACCAAGAUGAGCUGCGGGACCUGCUGGAGAAAUGCGCAAGCACCGCCUUGAGCUCCAAGCUGAUCUCCCAGCAGAAGGAGUUCUUCGCCAAGAUGGUGGUGGAUGCUGUCAUGAUGCUGGAUGAGCUGCUGCAGAUCAAAAUGAUCGGGAUCAAGAAGGUGCAGGGCGGAGCCCUAGAGGAUUCCCAGCUGGUGGCCGGAGUUGCCUUUAAGAAAACCUUCUCUUACGCUGGCUUUGAGAUGCAGCCCAAGAAGUAUGAGUCCCCCAAGAUCGCGCUGCUUAACAUUGAGCUGGAGCUCAAGGCGGAGAAGGACAACGCCGAAGUCCGAGUCCACAAUGUGGAGGAUUACCAGGCCAUCGUGGAUGCUGAGUGGAACAUCUUGUAUGACAAGCUUGAUAAGCUCCACAAGUCAGGAGCCAAAGUUGUCCUCUCCAAGCUCCCCAUCGGGGAUGUGGCUACUCAGUACUUCGCUGAUAGGGACAUGUUCUGUGCCGGCCGCGUCGCUGAAGAGGAUCUCAAACGGACCAUGAUGGCCUGUGGCGGAUCCAUUCAGAGCAGUGCGAAUGCCCUGACGGACGAUGUCCUUGGACGUUGUGAGCUGUUUGAGGAGGCCCAGAUUGGAGGAGACAGGUAUAACUUCUUCACCGGCUGCCCCAAAGCCAAGACCUGCACGAUCAUCCUGCGUGGAGGGGCAGAGCAGUUCAUGGAAGAGACGGAACGCUCCCUCCAUGACGCCAUCAUGAUCGUCAGGAGGGCCAUCAAGAAUGACUCUGUCGUUGCUGGCGGUGGAGCUAUCGAGAUGGAGAUCUCCAAGUACCUCCGUGACUAUUCCAGGACCAUUCCCGGCAAGCAGCAGCUGCUGAUCGGGGCUUACGCCAAAGCCCUGGAAAUCAUCCCUCGCCAGCUCUGCGACAACGCCGGCUUCGAUGCCACCAAUAUCCUCAACAAGCUCCGAGCCAAGCAUGCCCAGGGUGGGAUGUGGUACGGUGUGGAUGUGAACAACGAAGAUAUCGCCGACAACUUUGUGGCUUGUGUGUGGGAGCCGGCGGUCGUCCGCAUCAACGCCCUGACGGCAGCGUCUGAGGCGGCCUGCCUCAUCGUGUCGGUGGACGAAACCAUCAAGAACCCACGCUCCACCAUGGAUGCCGGUCCUCCAGGCCGUGGCAGGGGCCGAGGCCGGCCACACAACCACUGAAGGCCACUAGUGUGAGAUGCAGGAAAGCCCAUUCUUACACAGCCACCUUAACAUUCAGGCCGUGUCUGGGCCCUCUCGCGUAGCCCUUCUUAGUCCGUUGUCCCCGCUGGGGCUGUUGAAACCACCUUCGAUGCUGUUAGGGCUGCUCCACGCAGUGUAGGAAAGCUGUGUGUGUCCCAUGGCUGCUUUGUGUCCAGUGGGGCUCCUUCCGUUCCAUAGCGUGUGAAAUGGGAGAACGUCCCUUGGAAUUCAAGGCCCUACACUCAAGUCCAGGUAUCCUAGCCAGUUGGAGAUUUCUCUCGAUCUCAACUUGGAAGAUUCAGGGCCUCCAUUUCUCUGCAAUUUUGGCAUAGUGCUUGGAUGUUAACGUGGCUGGUUAUAGGUUGUAUUUAUUGGUUUUUUUCUACUGGAGGUUAAACCCCGGCAACAAACACAAUAAACCAUUACAAAAUGCA